AUGGGUUUCCUGAAAUGCAUUUCCUGUCAAGGUCAAGGGAAGUUGGAGGAAGAAGGCACACGGCCGGGUCGUGCGAUCGGGACCAAGCAUCUUGAUCGCAUCGAGCUGCCGAUCACGAUAGGGGGAGUAGUAGCUUACACGCGCGACUCGAUUCGUAAGACUACUAUGGAAGCAAAGGAACCGAGUAUGCCGUACUACCUUGCCCUUGUGCCUUCAUACCUUAGCUUCGGUAUGCACCAAGAUGAAAUUGUGGCGAACUUUCAGAAUCUUGCGGAUGCGUCGCCAAUUCCUCUUGUCCUAUACAACUCUCCUGCUCUUGUCCAGGUCAAAGUGACUGGCUGGUUCCUGGCACUGACCGCCGGUGGCGUCGGGACAAUCGUUGGCGUGGUAACCAAAAUCAAGCUUUGUAUCACCGAAUGGGAGUUCGCCAAGGGCGAAAUCAACGGUAUCGAGUUUGUUGUUGCACACAAGAGGGUUUACCUCAAAAGCAGUGUCGACUGCAGGAACCCAUAUCCGCCGUGUACCGACGCAGGGAAGAAGAAGAACAAGAAGGAGGAGUGGGGUAUAGAUCAGGUCACGCUGAGACCAAAGUCGUUGUCUGAGGCAGACCAGGACUGA